CCACCACCAUCAUCAUUUCAAUCACCAUUACUAUUAACGUGACCGUCGCCGUCACCGCCGCCACAACCAUAGCCUUUUCUGGCCCAAUGGGUACGGCAACCAGAACGCCAGGUUGUGAUCUGAGCAACUCCGACGCACGAUAAUGUUUCGAUUUGAUUAAGUUUUCUGAGUGCACGCCACAAGGGUUGUGGAAAGUUGCCCGUAUUACAUCAGCUGGCCAUACAUCAGAUUGGGUUGCUAUCAACUCUGCUUGGCAAGUGUUGAACCGCAUUCUUGAAGUAUCGCAUGGGUUGAUUCUUCGCCAGCAUUCAUUUCAUAUUCAAUUUCAAGGUUGGCUUGGGAAGAAUAAUAUGACAUGGGCUCCAACCGAGCGUCACCGCUGCAUCCUUCGUCUGCGGGCGAUGUUGCAAAGCCCGCUGGACCGGAAGAGGCGACAACUAGGUGCCCCGAGGCGUUUCCCACAACUCGGAGUUCUCAUUCACCAGCUCAAGGUUGCGAGGCUCGAGGGUGCAGUCUCUCGUUCCGAUGGUGGGGUGGCUCCUCCAGCAUCCGCGCCUUCUCCUCGGAGGCGCCUACGGUCUAAGCAUGAUGUCGUGGUCGAAGUGCCCAUCGCCCCGAAGAAGACUGUCACCGCGGACGUCAGCGACACCGAGGCUAGCGGAGAUGUCAACGUCGAGGACUCGCAUGAGUUGCUCUUCGGCAAGCAGGGCCCACCUACAUCGACAAGUUCAUCGACAGGCCCUUUGACUGCAGCGAGUUUGGCUGCGCUGGCCGCUGCUCCCCCGACAGGCCCAUCGCCGGCAGAGUACGCGGCGGUCACCCAGGCAGCGAAGGGCAAGAAAGACACGAAACGCAUAGCAACUGAGCCUGCUCACGCGGAUGGCGAGGCGGCCGACGACCAGGCUGGCGCUCUACCAGCGGCCAAGCCCAAGGCCAUGAAAUCCAACGAUAAGGUCAAGAAGGGGCCCCAGACGGCCUCGGUUUCAGCAUCGAAGGUCGACCCAAUCUUCCCGUGCCUCGCAAUGCAGGGUAGCAGGGCAGUGGUCGGCAACAAAGUAUAUUCCGCUGCGCGCAGUUUGAUGAAGCGGCAUCGUUCAAGCCAGGGUUCUUCGAUGGAUGAUGCCCUAUCUUCCGCCCGCCAGUAUGCUCAGAAAUGCAGAGUUCGCUGGUCUUCAGUUUGGAAGCCUUCCAACAAGUAGGCGCAGAGUGCACGUCGGCACAGAGCGAGUGGGGCUCGCUUGAUCCACGCGGCGUAGGAGUUGAACCAU